AUGAAAGUGAAUUCACUAUUCUUUAUCAGUUUAACAGUUUUGCUACUUGAGAUCUAUGGAGGACCAUUUCAGUUCAUAUCUGGCAGUUUGUAUUAUCAUCGUAUACCGUUUAUUUAUUGGACGGAACAGGCGACAAGAUUGAACAAUAUCGGGAUCUCCGUUGUUUACAGUUCCAUUCCAUGGAGUUAUCAUUGCCAAGAUGUCAGCGUUUGUUCAUUUGAUGGUGACAGGGAUGUGGAAAGUUUUCUGAAGAUGUUGGAUGAUAUGAAGAUGCUUGUCGUAUUGAAAAUUGGCCCAUAUGCUGAAGAUAAUAUUCAGCUGGGUGGAUUACCGCCAUGGUUGUUUCAUUUAAACGAAAGCAUGAAUAUACGGUUAUUAGAUCAAGGAUUUGUCAGUCAAGUCACUGAAUGGUUCAGUAUACUACUGCCAAAAAUAAAACCGUUUCUCUAUGAAAAUGGUGGACCAGUGAUAAUGAUCCAGAUCGAAGAAAACUAUGGCUGGUAUUCUGGAUUCAAUCUAGAGUAUUUUAAAUUAUUGAAAGACCAGGCUAGAACACAUUUGGGUGACUCGGUAAUAUUAACAACAGCAGAUGAAUAUGGUGCAGUCAUGAAUGAAGAAGACAGUCUACCCUACGAUGGAAUACUUAUGACAUACUCUGAAGACUGGAGAUUUUUAAAAACUAUACUUUCACCUCAUGCAUUCAAUGAACUUGAUUACAUACAACCGAAUAAACCAUGGAUUUUUUCCGUGAGAGUGAUGUGUGAUUACAAGGAGGAUACAUUUUGUGUUGAAAAUCUAGAGAAUAAUACCAACAUAGAAUCAUUGUCGAACUUAUACAUUUCAUCCGACCGUAUAAACAUAAAUUUAUGCAUAACAUUUAACCAUAUCAAUUGGGAUUAUUGGAAUGAUACAAGCAGCACAGAUAUUCCCCCUGAAAACCGAACUGUUUAUGAGGCAAUUUCUGGAUUUCUAGCUCAAACUGUGAGUAUACACCGCGAUCAUGUCUACCGUGAGGAAUAUAACAAUUUGUCUUGUGAAAAGCUUCAACUGUUGGAAGCAAAACACUUACUAACAUUGGAAACUGAUGCUGUCACAUCCGACAGACCUUUUAACAUGGAAUAUUUGGGUCAAUACCAAGGAUUCGUUCUAUACUCUACGGAUAUUAGUCAUCUAAAUGACACUUCAGCUUUCGAUCUGAAAUUCAGUCAACUUAGAGGAGAUGGUUUGGUAUACACAUGGAGUGAAACGGAUCAGUAUAUUUUUCAUGGACAUAUUCACGAAUAUACAGUUUCAAAAGAAAUCAUAUGCUAUAUAAGCUCUGGGUUAUUCAACGUGACAAAAAUGAAUACACCGGGUAUCAUUUAUGUAGCAACUAUCUUUAUCGAAGAUGAAGAUCGAUUACUUGAUAUGUUCAUUGAAUAUGAUGCAUUUUUUAUGGGUAUUGUCUAUGUGAAUGAAAAAUAUGUGGAUACAAUAGAGCCGACAUAUGCAGUUAAUGCAAAGUAUAUUCUCUAUAUUGAUAAGACAUAUCUAAAAUUGGAAAUAAUACUAUUUCAGUUAUUUCAUUGA